AUGAUUAACCGAUUAUAUUGCUGUGGUCAAGUGUCAAAGAUUGCAGAGACGUAUGCCUUCCUGCCCAGAGAGGCGGUGACUCACUUCCUGUUGAGCUGUGGCGAGCGUCAGAAGAGGAUGCACAUCAGCUCCACAGCACAAGACUUCAAAGAAAACCACACAGCUCCUUCACUCCUGAGUCCAGCAGUGGAUUUCAACCUCUGUCUCACCACCACCUACAUGAAGCAGAUGAAGCUUCAGUACAUGAGCAACAAGGAUGACCGUUCGCUGAGCAGCGAGGAGGAGGCGGAGAUGAGCGAGCCCACGUGGCUGACAGCUGACCUGGGAGCAGCGGCGGACCUGACCCCCCCGACCCCCCCGAGCCGAGCAGACAGGAUGCGCCUCAGCCCGCAGAGCGCCCACAUGAAGGAGGACGACGACGAUUCCUCUUCAGAGAGCGGCAGCGGCAGCGGCAGCGGCAGCGGCAGCGGCCUGCCGGUGCUGACCCCUCCCUCCUCUGCCGUGUCAGAUGGCGCCAUCGUCCGGGAAACCAAGAUAGUCAACGGCACCGGCGGCGUGCUUCCUCUGGACUUCAGCACGCCGACCUCCUCUUCCUCGUCGUCCGAGGACCCGCCCCCCCCACGCCUGGCCGCCUCCCACCUGCCCGUCACCGUGUCGGCGGCGGCGGCGGCGCUGCUCGGCGCUCUGCACCCCAACGCGCCCGAGGAGCUGCGCAGGAAGUUCCCGCUGGCGGCCAAACCGCCGCCGGCUCCACACCCGGCGCUGCCGCUGCCGCACACUCCUCACACACACAACACCAACACAACCAACACACACUCCCAGGCACACGCACACACCGCCGAGCUGCGACUGGACCGGGACAGCAGGGACUACGGGGCAAAGUCUCCUCAGUACAGUUCCGGCGGCAGCUACGACAGCGUGAAGAUGGACCUGAGCGCCGAGGACCUGACCACAGGGCGCCACGGCAACCAGGUCGCCGCGGACGACGAUGACGACGACCACGACGACCACGACGACAACGACAAGAUCAACGACACAGAGGGCGUCGACCCCGAGAGACUAAAGGCCUUUAACAUGUUUGUGCGUCUGUUUGUGGACGAGAACUUGGAUCGGAUGGUUCCGAUCUCCAAACAGCCCAAGGAGAAGAUCCAGGCCAUCAUCGAGUCCUGCAGCCGACAGUUCCCCGAGUUCCAGGAACGAGCUCGCAAGCGCAUCCGCACCUACCUCAAGUCCUGCCGACGCAUGAAGAAGAACGGCAUGGAGACCCGUCCCACGCCACCGCACCUCACCUCAGCCAUGGCCGAGAACAUCCUGGCGUCCGCCUGCGAGAACGAGUCACGCAACGCUGCCAAGAGGAUGCGUCUGGAAGCCUACCACGAUGAGCAGAUCUCUCCGGAGAAGCCGACCGGCGGCGGCGGCGCUCUGAGGGAGCCGGCGUCGCUCGCCCACUUCUCGCUGGCCGCCUCCGCCUUCUCCUCGCAGGACGCUCAGCUCUACAUCAACGGAGCUGGCUUGAGCUACGGUUACCGUGGAUACCCAGGCCUGGGCGCCGCCAUGCCACACCCCGUCUCCCUGACGACCAGCGGCGCCGCUCAGGGCAACGGCCCCACAGACCUCAGCAUGAAGUCCCUCUCCUCCGCCAACAUCACUAGCUCCGCCUCUUCCGCCGCCGCCAACAGCCUGGUUGGGCGUGGCAGCGGGGGUGCUGGAGGGGGCGGGGCCUCCACCCAGCUCAGCCAACCGGAGAUCACCGCCGUGCGUCAGCUGAUCGCCGGCUACCGGGAGUCGGCCGCCUUCCUGCUGCGCUCAGCCGACGAGCUGGAGAACCUCAUCCUGCAGCAGAACUGA